CUUAAAUUGUGGAAGUCAUUGGUGCUAAUGAACAUGAAGAGGUGAGGGCUCUUCACAGCCAUUCAAUCCCAUAAAACAUUUGCAGAGAAACUCAGGUCGCCUUCUUCAAUUUGUGCGCCCAUCCAUGGCUUCCAGGAUUGCUGAUUCUCUCUUCGCAUUCACGGGCCCACAACAAUGUCUUCCUAGGUUUCCUAAGGUUGCUUCUGCUCGUGUUUCUCCUGGUGUGUAUGCUGUGAGACCGAUUGAUCUUCUGUUAAAAGGAAAUGCGCACCGGCGAAGAAGAUUCGUAGCUCCUGCAAAGAAAAGGAUUGGAUGCAUAAAAGCGGUUUCUGUUCCAGUCGCUCCGCUUUCAGCUGACAGUGCAGAAGACAGGGAGCAAUUAGCAGAGAGCUAUGGCUUCAACCAAAUUGGAGAAGACCUUCCUGAUAAUGUCACCUUAAAAGAUAUCAUGGAUACACUUCCAAAAGAGGUGUUUGAGAUUGAUGAUGUGAAAGCUUGGAAGUCUGUGUUGAUAUCUGUGACUUCCUACACUUUGGGACUCUUCAUGAUUGCAAAAGCGCCGUGGUAUCUGCUUCCGUUGGCUUGGGCAUGGACAGGAACUGCAGUGACUGGGUUCUUUGUGAUAGGUCAUGACUGUGCUCACAAGUCAUUUUCAAAGAACAAAUUGGUGGAAGACAUUGUGGGUACUCUAGCCUUCCUGCCACUUGUCUAUCCGUAUGAGCCAUGGCGGUUUAAGCACGACCGUCAUCACGCCAAGACCAACAUGUUAGUUCAUGACACAGCUUGGCAACCAGUUCCUCCAGAGGAGUUUGAUUCAUCACCGGUGCUGCGAAAGGCAAUCAUUUUUGGAUAUGGCCCAAUUAGGCCUUGGUUGUCCAUAGCUCACUGGGUGAACUGGCACUUUAAUCUGAGAAAGUUCCGAGCAAGUGAAGUGAAUAGAGUGAAGAUAAGUUUGGCUUGUGUUUUUGCCUUCAUGGCCGUUGGGUGGCCGCUUAUUGUAUACAAAGUUGGUAUAUUGGGAUGGGUCAAAUUCUGGUUGAUGCCAUGGUUAGGCUAUCACUUCUGGAUGAGCACGUUCACGAUGGUUCAUCAUACGGCUCCACACAUUCCUUUCAAGCCUGCGGAUGAGUGGAACGCGGCUCAGGCCCAGCUUAACGGGACUGUUCAUUGUGAUUAUCCUAGUUGGAUCGAGAUUCUCUGCCAUGAUAUUAACGUACACAUACCACAUCACAUUAGCCCAAGAAUACCAAGCUACAACCUCCGUGCGGCUCAUGAGUCUAUACAAGAGAACUGGGGAAAGUAUACAAACUUGGCUACAUGGAACUGGCGGUUGAUGAAGACGAUAAUGACUGUGUGCCAUGUCUAUGACAAAGAGGAGAACUACAUUCCUUUUGACCGGUUAGCCCCUGAAGAAUCUCAGCCAAUAGCAUUCCUCAAGAAAGCAAUGCCUGACUACGCAGCCUAAUUCGCUGUGGCCUCUGUAUUGUGGUCUUUUGAAAUCUCAGUAUUUUUGUUUUGCAAUCGCCAAUGUUAUAUGUAAGCUUUUCAAGCGAGAGAAGCUUCUCUAACAUUUUAAUCGCGCUUUAUACUGUAUCACCUUUUAUGAAACUUAUGAAAAAAGAGAAUAUUUGAAGAGGUAAACAUGAAGACUCGUAUUGUUAUGCCUG